AUGGGUUCGAAAUCAAGUAAAGAUACUCUAGAUGAUACCUUAUUUAAUCUGAGAUUUGCAGGCAAAACAUUAAUAAAAGAAUCAGAUCGAAGCCAAAAAGAAGAAAAAAUAGAAAAGGAUAAGGCCAAAAGAGCUUUAGAAAAAGGUCUUAUUGAUAACGCUAGAAUAGCUGCAGAAAAUGCUAUCAGAAAGAAAAAUGAAGCCUUAAACUACCUAAGAUUAUCCUCAAAACUAGAUGCAGUCGCAUCCAAAAUAAUGUCAGCGAGCAGAACAGAAGCUAUGACUCGUCAAUUUUCUCAAGUAAUUCCACAAAUGAACAGAGCCAUGAAAAGUAUGAACCUUGAGAAUAUAAGUGAAACAAUGGGACAGUUUGAAAAGUGCUUCGAAAAUUUAGACGUUGCUUCUGGAUAUGUUUCUGAAUCAUUAAAUCAAACUACGACAGUGUCAACGCCAAGAGAUCAGGUUGAUAAUUUGUUGGGAAUGAUUGCAAGCGAGCAUAAUAUUGAGGUAAGAGGGCAGCUAGGAGAAGCACCGCUGGGGAUUAGCGCAAAGGAAAUUGAAGAGAGUAAUAAAAUUGAUGUCCAAAAAUUGAAAUAA